AUGGAUGAAAACAAUGGACUCUUACUUUUAGAACUGAAUCCUCCUAACCCCUGGGAUUUAAACCCCAGAUCUCCUGAAGAUUUGGCUUUUGGAGAAGUUCAGGUAACAUAUCUCACACAUGCCUGCAUGGACCUCAAGUUGGGAGACAAGAGAAUGGUGUUUGACCCUUGGUUGACGGGUCCUGCUUUUGCCCGAGGAUGGUGGUUGCUACAUGAGCCUCCAUCUGAUUGGCUGGAGAGGCUGUGCAAAGCAGACCUAAUUUACAUCAGUCACAUGCACUCAGACCACCUGAGCUACCCCACACUGAAGAAGCUCGUUGGGAGAAGACCAGAUAUUCCCAUUUAUGUUGGAAACACUGAAAGACCUGUAUUUUGGAAUCUGAGUCAGAGUGGUGUCCAGUUGACUAAUAUCAAUGUGGUACCAUUUGGAGUAUGGCAGCAGGUAGACAAAAAUCUUCGAUUCAUGAUUUUGAUGGAUGGCAUUCAUCCUGAGAUGGACACUUGUAUUAUUGUGGAGUACAAAGGUCAUAAAAUACUCAAUACAGUAGACUGCACCAGACCCAAUGGGGGAAGGCUGCCUGGGAAGGUUGCUCUAAUGAUGAGUGACUUUGCUGGAGGAGCAUCAGGCUUUCCAAUGACUUUCAGUGGUGGAAAAUUUACUGAGGAAUGGAAAGCCCAAUUCAUUAAAACAGAGAGGAAGAAGCUCCUGAACUACAAGGCUCAGCUGGUGAAGGACUUGCAACCUCGAAUUUAUUGUCCCUUUGCUGGGUACUUUGUGGAAUCCCACCCAUCGGACAAGUAUAUUAAGGAAACAAACAUCAAAAAUGACCCAAAUGAACUCAAUAAUCUUAUCAAGAAAAACUCUGAUGUGGUAACAUGGACCCCACGACCUGGAGCUACCCUUGAUCUGGGUAGGAUGCUGAAGGACCCAACGGACAGCAAGGGCAUCACAGAGCCUCCAGAGGGAACUAAAAUUUACAAGGAUUCCUGGGACUUUGGACCAUAUUUGAAAAUCUUGAAUGCUGCUGUAGAAGAUGAAAUAUUUCUUCACUCACACUGGAUAAAGGAAUACUUCACUUGGGCAGGAUUUAAGGAUUAUAACCUUGUGGUUAGGAUGAUUGAGACAGAUGAGGACUUCAGCCCUUUUCCUGGAGGAUAUGAUUAUUUGGUUGACUUUCUAGAUUUAUCCUUUCCAAAAGAAAGACCACGCCGAGAACAUCCCUAUGAGGAAAUCCGUAGCCGGGUUGAUGUCAUCAGAUACGUGGUGAAGAAUGGUCUACUCUGGGAUGACUUGUAUAUAGGAUUCCAAACCCGGCUCCAGCGGGACCCUGACAUAUACCAUCACCAGUUUUGGAAUCAUUUUCAAAUAAAACUCCCCCUAACUCCACCCGACUGGAAGUCAUUCCUCAUGCACUGUCAGUAG